AUGUAAGAGAGCAGUGAUAAUUUCUAAGAUUCUUAAAGUUAAAGUUCAGAAUAAAGAUAAAAAGGAAGUGUGCCAUCAUUUUUAGUUAGACUCUUCGAUAUUAUGGAUAAUGAAGAUCUAAAAGAUAUAAUUGGAUGGAAUACAGAAGGAAAUGCAUUCAUUGUAAGAAAUCAACAACUACUGGCUGAUAAAAUAUUGCCAAAAUAUUUCAAACAUAAGAAUUAUCCUAGCUUUUUAAGAUAGCUCAAUAUGUAUAAUUUUAAAAAAAGCAAAGCUGAUGACAUUAAUUAAAAAUUUGAACAUAAAUGGUUUAGAAGGGACGGAAGAGCCUUGCUGACUAACAUUAAAAGAAGAAAUUAGGAAGAAAAUGAUGAUAAAGAUGAAAUUCCACAAAUAGUUGAUGAAAUUGAGCAAUUUAAGAAGGCACAAAAGGAACUUAAAAAUGAAAUUUAAGCCAUUGCUGAUAGUUAAAAACAACUACAGGUAGCACUCUAAUAAAUUAUGCAAUAAAACGAAACACUGUUCUAGGAAAGUCAACAACUAACUCAAGAACUAUCAAAUAUGCAAUCGAAAAAUUAACAGCGAUUCGCUAACUAUUCCAAUAUUCUAACUGAGAUUGUUUAAAGGUUAUAAUAAGAAUAAGAAGAAGAAUUAAGAAAUAGAGAUAAUUCUUAGCCAUCGUUAUUAGGAGAAUAAAAAAAGAAUAGUGUUAUACAAAUAAAACAAGAAUAACCUAGUCAAUAAUAAUAGUUCUUCUCUCAAUAGUAAAAUAACUUAUCUGCAAAUUCUCUAUAAUUUUUGAUGAAUAUGAGUGCAAAUAAAAAUGCGUUUAAUUUUUAGAUGUUUUCAUAAUUAAAGCACCAGUAAAUGAACGCGCAAAUAUUUUAAAAUGGAUCUACGCAAUCACCAUAAAAUGAUGUUAAGAAGAACGAAAUCAAAAAGGAAAGCGAAUAAUGA